CGUUCCGCUCCGGUGUGGUUGCAACGGGGCUUGAGCAGCCGAGCGCGCAGCCCCCGCCGCCUUCAACCCGUCCUUAAGGAGCGGAUCGCCACUCCGGCACUGGCGGGAAGCCUUUCGGACGGAGGACGGAGCCGGAGGAGGGGGCCAACUUGAGCAAACUAACGCUGCUGUUGUCUCCAUCCUUGUGGACAGACAAUGGAAGAAUCUCUCUCUCUGCCUUGACCAAAAGCCGUCCGUUCAGAAUUAUUGGAGGAAUGAGAUGGUGAUGUGGCCUUGAGAAUCUUUUUCAUGUUCAAAAUAUACUUUUGAAGUAAAAUAAAUGCGUCUGGGGUUUUGGACGUUUUUAUAUCUCUGAAGAAGUCCUUCUCCACCAAUUGCCGCCUAUCGUGGAUCGAUCCAGAGCUGAAACUCUGCAUGCUUCUUCGGCUCCAUCUUGUUUCGCCAUCUCCGAUGUGCCGCCAUUUUGUGGUGGAUUAUCGGCCAGUCGUGCUGCAAGUCGCUUGCCUAGCUUCUUCUUGACCAGAAAACUGGAAGGCAGAUUGUGCCUCACCCCGCCUUCUCCUUGGAUUUAUAAAUUACUUCUCCCAGUUCUUCCUUUUCCUACCUCAAAAGCUGAUUUGAAAAAGUUUAAACAUUUUCCAAAAACGGUUAUCCAAAAUGACAAGUCUGUUCCGACGGAGCAGCAGCAAUGGCGGCUCAAGGAACAGCUCUUCCGCUCAAGAACUUAACAAUAGCCGCCCCGCAAGGCAAGUACGGAGGCUGGAGUUUAACCAGGCGAUGGAGGAUUUCAAGACCAUGUUCCCCAACAUGGAUUAUGACAUCAUUGAAUGUGUCUUGAGAGCCAAUAAUGGUGCAGUCGAUGCCACCAUCGAUCAACUGCUACAGAUGAAUUUGGACUGCAGCGAAUGUGACGAGAGCUCGGAUUCCGACGACAGUAUUCCUCCUGAGAUUCUGGAACGGACUUUGGAACCAGACAGUUCAGAUGAGGAGCCCCCUCCAGUUUAUUCUCCUCCUUCCUAUGAUAUGCAUGUAUAUGACCGAAAAUACGUGCAGACUCCUCCAGUACCACCACCCAGAACUGAUAUCCAAAAUUCCAUCGGUUCACAAGCACAAAGACGAUACAGGGACUGGAACCCACCAUUAUUAGGGAAUCUUCCGGAUGACUUUCUCCGUAUCCUACCACAGCAAAUGGACAUGGUGCAGAGUACCCAAAACUGUCAGCAAAGCACACAGAAUCCUGGGAACCAAAGGGCUCAAGGCUCAUUGGAUCAGGAGAAGAAAUGGAAGCAGUACUUGGAAGACGAACGGAUUGCCCUGUUCCUCCAGAAUGAAGAAUUCAUGAAGGAGCUUCAGAGAAACCGAGAUUUUCUCCUGGCUCUUGAAAGAGAUCGGUUAAAGUAUGAAUCAAAGAAAUCCAAACUGAACAGCACUGCCCUGAGUUCAGAUCCCACUUUGUCCUCAGUAUUAUCAGAUGAGGUCACUCGCUCCUUAACUGCUGUGCCCAGCGGGGCUAUCUCCGACGAUGCCUUAUUCAGGGACAAGUUAAAACACAUGGGAAAAUCUACACGCAAGAAGUUGUUUGAACUUGCCAGAGCUUUCUCAGAAAAGACCAAAAUGAGGAAGUCAAAAAGAAAACAGCUUUUGAAGCACCAAGUGAUGGGGACUGCGGCCUCAACAGCAAACCUUCUUGACGAUGUUGAAGGACAUUCAUGUGAUGAGGACUGCCAAAUAAGAAAAAAAUUACCUGCAGCAGAAGAACCAUCAAAAGAAGUACAAUAAGAUCCAGAAUUGGCAAUUAGGGGAGAAAAAGCCAAAUAAGUUGAGAAACCAACCAAGAUGGUUAAAAGGGAAGAAUAGUUUUUAUGCUGGUGACUCUACUCUGGAAUGAUCUGAGUUCAACCACACAGGAACAGGAAGGCACAUUUUGAUUUUUUUUAAUCCGGCGCCUAAGAAUUUGGGUCUUUUUCAACUCUGAAGAAUCCACCACCAAAAAAUAGGGGGAGAAAACUGACAACUGACCUAAUCUUUUGUACACCAAUCUCUGAAGCUGGAUAAUGAUGAUCUAUUAUCAAAUGUGGUUCAGAUAUAGGAAACAAACGCCACACCAUUUUUUCAAAGUGGUUUCUGGCUGGUGUUUUUGAACCAUGACUUUUGAACGAAUGGAUAUUUGUGUCUUUCAUCCAGAUAGAGCAGUGGCCCUAUACAUUUUGCUGAAUUGUGGAUUUUUACUAUAAUUAUAUAAUUAUUGCUGCUAAUAGAAAAGAAGCCUGAAUCAUGCUAUUUGAGUGCGAUAGUCAGAAUAAUUUAAUUUUUUUCCCCUCCACGAAAAAGUGUUCCUGCAGAUCUUUUCCACAAUCAGAAGCCAUUCAUGAUAGAUAUUUCCCCUUAUUCAAGGGUGUCUGUGGGAGAGGUGGUCAAAAAAGUCAGGGCAGCAUCUUCAAACAAGAUAAAAGCUCCAACUUUUUCAAAAUGUUUUCUUUAAUCAAGGUUUACAUAACACAUUCAAUCUAACACAAAUGAAUGAAGAGCAGAAGAAAGAGAAAGAAAGAA